AUGGCGACCGGAGCUGGAGGAAGUGGUCCGCAACGAGAAGUCCUUCUACAAAUUCGUUGUCGGAGACUUCAUGGCAAAACUAGGAAAGCCGUCAGGGAAGCUACGGACCAAGUGACGAACCAAAAUCUUCGUGCCCAUCUGUUCGACUCGACAGUUCUUGCAGCGCUCUGUUACGCAGCGGAGACGUGGGCAGACCUCGCUGUUACGUCUAGGAAGCUACUUACUACCCACAGAGCCCUUGAGAGAUGUCUCUUGAAGUUUAACCGGCGCACACAACACCUAGCCGGUCUUCGUAGCUCGACAUUAAGAGGAAUGUCCCGUCUUCGCGACCCAGCGGAAUAUGUAUCGAAAGCAAAACAUAGAUGGGCCGGUCACAUCAUGAGAAGAAUCGACGAUAGAUGGACUAAAAGAACGCUAGAGUGGAUCCCAAGGAACGCUAAACGCCCCCAAGGGAGACCGCCAACGAGAUGGGGUGACGUGUUUGCUACACGGAUGGACCAGUUGAGAGCACAGCUGGAUACGGCUCAACGACCUCGUCAACGUCACUCACGAAACUUGAGAACAUCUUGGAUGACAAUGGCGAGGGAACGAAACGAGUGGAAGAGAUGCUGGGGCCCACUUGUCCAGUGA